UGUCUGAAUGUGCAGUUGUUAAAACUCACAUAUCGCAGAUGGCGAGUGGAUGUUAGAACGAGACAACAGCGCUGUCUUCCCACAUGGUCUUGAGAGGGAGAGAUAUGCAGACUGACUUCAACCACUUCAGAAACUUGGAGAGAGCUUUGCAGUCAGUGCGCUCACAUAACCACUGAACUAUUUCAAGGCAUUAGCAACUGUUACUCGAGUUCAGCAGAGAGGCGCUGUGAAAGUCAGCGACAACGGGCUGGCACAGCCGCGUGGUAGAUCCCCAACAACGAACUUUUUUUUUUAUCCGAGCAGUUCCCGCUCUGGAAAGGACCGUAAACCAUUUACCUUUUGCCUCUCAGGGUUGACCUCAUAUCACACAACGAGAACUAAGCACAGUUUGCUCCACACACCAGCAGUUUUGAGGACUUUGAGAGAGCGCAUUUUCCCCGACAUUUGUAGCCAUGGUUCAGAGAAGCAGCAGCGCGGAGAACCCCGAGGCUCUGUUCGCCGGGGAAUCAUCUGAUUCCGGAGCUAUGGACCUGGACAUAGCCUCUUCCCCAACUCCCGGUUCUACGGCUUUGGCUGGGGAUAAAUUAGACCCCGCGUGGUGUAAAACACCCAGCGGUCAUAUCAAGAGACCAAUGAAUGCUUUUAUGGUAUGGUCUCAGAUAGAAAGGCGUAAAAUAAUGGAACAGUCACCAGAUAUGCACAACGCUGAGAUUUCCAAGCGACUAGGCAAGCGCUGGAAACUCCUGAAAGACAGCGACAAGAUCCCCUUCAUCCGGGAAGCAGAGCGGCUCCGGCUCAAACACAUGGCAGACUAUCCAGACUACAAGUACCGACCAAGGAAGAAGGUGAAGUCCAGCAGCUCCAAGUCAAGCAGCACCGACAAGCCAGAGAAGCCAACUGGCAGUAGCUGUGCCUCCGCCAGCUCCAAGCCGUCCUCCAGAAAGAGUAGCGGCUCGAGGUCUGCCAGCAAACAGCACAAACCAGUCCUAGGGAGCGCUAAAGCCGCUGUGCCAGAGCCGCAUUCUCCAGGUGUUGCCGCCGACCAUCACUCCCUCUACAAAUCCAGGUCUGUCUCGGCUGCCAAACAGAUCCCCGAAAAGAAGUCAAAGAGGGUUUACGUGUUUGGAGGCAGUGGGGUGAGUUCAUCAUCGGCGGCGGUCCCCGCAAGCCCCACGUUCAGCAGCUCCGUGGAGUCCAGCGAGCCCCUGAGCCUGUAUGAUGAGCCUGCGAGUGGAAAACACGGCGCGGACUCUCCGCGCAGCGUCUGCUCGGACCAGCACCGCUACACCAGCACGCGGGCACCGUCCCCAGCUCCCUCCGUGUGCCACUCGUCCUCUUCAUCCCAUUCAUCAUCAUCCUCCUCCUCGGACGAAGAGUUUGAAGACGAUCUGCUGGACGUGAAUCCUAGCCCGGGCUUUGACAGCAUGUCGCUGGGCAGCAUGGGGUCCUCAGUACUGGACCGGGAUUUGGACUUUCAUUUCGAGUCGGGAUCCGGUUCUCAUUUCGAGUUCCCUGACUACUGCACCCCGGAGGUGACAGCGUUGAUCUCGGCGGACUGGCUCGAGUCAACAAUCUCUAACAUGGUGUUCACGUGUUGAGCAAGAAAACAAGAAGUUGUUGACUUUGCAUUAAUUCUAAAAAAAAAAAAAGGGAUUCCGGUGAAGUGCGUUUGUGUUCAUGUACCGAAUGAGUCCCGUGCAAGAGCGACGGUGAGCGCGCGGCAUGACUGCAUGCCUCCGUGAUGUUUCCGGCAUGACAGACUGGGGCUCGGGGGUCGUGAAGUGGCGGACAAUUUGAGUCCGUCGGUUCAGAAACAAGAGGAGGAUACGAGAGUGCACCCUGAGCCGGACCGAUCCGAUAGGAAAACAUACAUACUCUAUCCGAACUGGAACUGUGAUUGAUUUGCACGUAAACAAGGGCGGACUCAGGUCGGCUAUUUGAAUCAGUUUUAAUUAAAAGGGACUUGAGAAACUCUUAAAACGAUCGCCAAGUGAACUUGAUGUCUUUAGAGGUACAGAUGUGGGCCACGUUGGGUUGUCUUUCCUCGUGGUGAAUUUAGGAACCAGGUGGGUCACGGCAAACAUUUAUAUUGAAAAAGACAGAAAUGCAUGUUAGCUGUCCUCUUUCUGUGAUAUUUCUGUCAGACUGUCCACCAGCAUUAGGGUUAUUUGACAAAGGGUGGCGUUAUGUUUGAUUCCGCCUUACAAAAAUCACCAGCUAUUCAUUCUUAACGUCAGGAUUCAAACACAACUCCUCACACCUGUGCUGAACUUUAUACUCUGCAAUUCAGGACCAAAUUCCUAGCUGUUAGUCGCUGUUAGAUGCCAGUUUGGAGCAGUCUCUCCCAAUUUCCUGUUCUUAGAGACGUACAGCGCUGUUUGUUUUGGUGGUCUCCCCCUUGCUCACAUGGAUAGCCUACCUGAGUCCACUAAUCAAGGGCUUUAACUAUCUGGAGACUCGGUCAAGUGUGCUCGGACAGUGAGAAAUCUGAACCAUCCAGUGCCGUGCGUCUUAGGAUAAGGGUUAGGAAGCACUGAUCUAGCCUACAGUAGUUAUGAUUUUCUUCAUUCUGGAGUUUCAUUUCUUUCUUCUACACAGAUGCCAUGUUUUUUAUAUGGAUGUAUUUAUAUACCAGCCAAACGUUUUUUUUAUUAUUAUUCUUAUUCUUAUUUGUGUUCUCGUCAGUCUUGUCAUACACCUUGUCUCCUUCUCCCAGGAAGGGCUAGAGUUUUAACUUUUGAGUUUUUUAUAUUUAAAUGUAGAGUUUUGACACUUAAAGAGAGGAAACGUUUGAUUAUUUUCUCAGUGUAUUUUUGUACAGAAAUAUAUAAGAAGGGGGUGUCAAUCGGUGUGUUAUCGCUGUUUGGAUUUCCUAAUUUUAAGAACUGGGUUGGUUGGUUAUCUCACAAUCGGCCUCCUAUUCCUGUUUACACUUUAAAUCUGCGGGCGUCUUAAAGACACAGACUCAAUUUCCACUUUCAAACCUGCAGGCGUCUUAAAGACACAGGCUCAUUUUUCAGCACAGCAGCAAACAUGUGCUCUGACACAAGGAGUUGGAGCGGCCAUAAGCCUAGCCUACCACGUUUCUCACCUCGGCUCUUGCCUAAUACAGAGAGAUUGUAGCUUUAAGUGAUCCGUUUGUGACCGUUUUUAUAUCAAGAGCAUCGGUUUGAACCACUGGAUGGAAUAUUAACAUGACACAUUUUCAAAUGCCGAUUUGAGUUCGCAAGAAUUAUGUAUUGCGUUUCUCAUUGUAUUUAAAUAUUUAAUCUUUUCUACUUGUCGGCUCAAUGAAGCCAAUUGUUUUAGUAUCUGAUGGCAUGGUGAAUAGAAUUUGUAUUUCCAAUUCAGGUUUCUAGCUGUUGUGUUUAUGAAAAAAAGAGCAAAAAAAAUCAGAAAAAAUGUGGAAACAUCUUUGUACAUUUGACUGUAUUAUAAGCAAAAAGAUUGUGUGUUUAUGUAUGUUGUUUCUCAGUAACAGGACAGGCACUAGAGCAGCCAUCUUAAUACACUCUUACUUAGUCUUGGGAGGGCUGUUCAGAUUAUAUAUAAACAAUUUUAAAUAUAUUAACCUUAUUUUCAUCCAUUCUGUGCAAUAUGUUGUGUCCAUUAUUGUUUUGUCUGGUCAUGCCAUAACAUGUUUUCUGAGGGGAGAGCAAUCUCACGCCAGCUAUUUGUGUGGUCACUGCCUGUCAGAUUGUUGAUAUAGGCCUACUUCUGUACAUAACUUUUUCAAGAAGGAAAAUAAAACUGAAAAACAAAUCAGCUGGAACUGAACUCUA